AUGACCGCGCUCAAAGUAGCCCUCAAGGGGCCUUCGUUGCUACUCAACCCCUCUCUAAACAAGGGCUCGGCGUUUACCAGGAAGGAACGGGAAGAGUUUGGACUCAUGGGUUUGUUACCUAUCCAGUCAAAUUCGCUCGAGGAGCAACAGAAUCGUGCAUACGAGCAGUACCAAAACCACCAGUCGAAUCUCUCUCUAAGAACACCCCAGAACUGGGUACUGUUCUACUCGCUCAUCAUUCGACACCUGAAAGAGAUGUUCCCUGUCAUCUAUACCCCUACGGAAGCUGAAGCGAUAGCAAACUUCAGCCACUUGUUCAGACGACCCGAGGGUAUCUGGCUGUCUCCUUCUGAUGAGGAGCACAUGGAACAAUCCUUGAUAAAUGUCAUGGAUGGCCAGGAGUUUGAUCUAGUUGUGGUUUCGGACGGCGAAGCUAUCUUGGGCAUCGGUGACCAGGGCUCGGGAGCGAUCGGAAUCAGCAGCGCCAAGGGGAUGAUCUACACUCUCGUCGCCGGUGUCGACCCUGCCAGAAUCCUGCCUGUCGCUCUGGAUGUAGGAACGAACAAUAAGGAUCUCCUAGAGGACGAUAUGUACCUCGGCUGGCGUCAUGAGCGUAUGAGGGGUGAAACCUAUCUGAAAUUCGUCGACAAGUUCGUCAGCUUGAUAAGGAAACAUCAACCGAAUGCUCUCUUGCACUUUGAGGAUUUCGGGGUGGAUAACGCGCAGAAGCUGCUAGACACGUACCGCGACGAGCAUCCGGUCUUCAACGACGAUGUGCAGGGGACUGGGGCAGUGACACUCGCCACCUUACAAGCGGCCUUGAUCGUUACGGGCGGGAAAUUGUCGGAACAGAGGAUCAUCAGCUUCGGAGCCGGGUCAGCCGGGCUCGGAAUCGCUCGCCAAUUACGCGACGCUGCCAUUCUCCUCGACGGCGUGUCCGAGGAAGAAGCCAACAAGUUGAUAUUCCUCGUCGACAAGCACGGACUCUUGAAGCAGGGUAUAUCGGACAAGAUCAGGGAUGGAAUCGACAGGGGUUUCGUCCGAAAGGAUCGGGACGAGAAGGACAUCGGAGAAUGGCCCGAGGGGGAGAAUGACCUGUUGGAAGUGAUCAAGAGGGUCAAACCGACGGUACUGAUCGGUACGAGCACUGUUGCUGGAGCUUUCAACGAAGAGAUCGUCAGAGCCAUGGCUGAGGGCACCGAAAGACCCAUCAUCCUGCCGCUCUCCAACCCGACCUCGAAAUGCGAAGCUCAUCCCAAAGACCUUAUGAAGUGGACCAACGGAAAAGCUCUCAUCGCCACAGGAUCACCUUACGACCCGGUUGACAUGCCGGGUUCAUCUGAAAAGUAUGAGGUCGCCGAAUGCAACAACGCUCUGGUCUAUCCUGGGUUGGGGAUGGGAGCAAUCGUCAGCAAAGCAGACAGGGUUACCGACAAGAUGAUCGUCGCGGCGUGUAAGGCGCUUGGAGAUAUGAGUCCGGCGAGGAAGGAUCCCAAGAAACCGCUACUUCCAGACUUUGAAGACGCACAAGCUGUGAACAUGGAAAUCGCCCUAGCUGUCGUCAAGGCAGCGAUCGACGAAGGUAUCUCGGACUUGAAGGUCCCUGAAGAGGAUCUGCGCUCCUACUUGGAAGAACGAACCUGGAAGGCCGAAUACGCCGAGUAUAAGUAUGACCCUGAAGGUAUCGCUUUCUGAGGCAUGAGAAGCACUAUCCAGACGAUUAGAUGUGUACCGAUGCUAUAGAUUGGCGAAGGAAUGGUCCCCAAAAAGAAGAAGCGAAAGGUUUACCUGACAUGUCUCUCGCAGUUUUGUCAUAGCGUACGAUUGCGAUGAUGGGUAUUUCCUAAGUAUCUGUGGCGCCAUGUUGUUGGGAUCUGUAGCCGGGUGAAUUGCCAAUGCAUUCCUAUUCUGCCAG